AUGUGGCGUAGCAAUUGCUUUGAUACUCACGCCGACCGCAGGGCCCGACGCACCAACGGUGCCACGCAAACAUUCCGCCGACCCUCACACGCGACCAGCCUAUCCGGAUCAACAACCCAACCAGCCUCACGAGACCCUCCUGCGCCGCAAAAUUCUUCAACCAGCGCCGGCGUAUAUGUCCCCCCACAUGCACAGCCUGGCCGCAAUGGCAGUUCGUUUGAGGGCCGGUAUUCGCGAGGUCAACUGACGCAGUUGUUCCGGAUACAGCAACAGGCCGGAGACCUCAGCGACGGAUUGUCAGAUUUGUACAUGGGUGUAUGGGAACCUCACGCUACCAACGGGGCCUCGGGCGCGUCCUGGGGCCGCAAAGACGAUCAUGGUGGUGGCAGGGAAGCGCCAAGCGGGGUCGAUCAGUGCUGGGACAAAGACGGCAGCAUAUUGCCGCUGAGUCUUACAGACAUGACCGACGAGGAAAGAGAGAUCUUCCUUUCGUCUGUCAACUCGCCGUUGAAACCCCCCACGCAGAACAACAACAAGGACGGUACUCCCAAAGAACCUCUGUCCUUGCGCAAGUCUUCGGUGUCGCAAGGAGCAGGUACUCCCUACGGUCUGUCCUCGCCCACUGCCUCGCGACCGGGCGCUCGACGUCGCGACACCGGCGAAGCCUACCCCUUCCCCUCCUCCCCCGCUACCUCACGAUUCGCGCGCGAAGAAGGCAGUGCCGUCACCCCGCCGCCUGCUUUGGUACGUCGUCGGACGGAUUACAAGGAGUCUGCAGAGGGUCGUCCGGGUGAAGAACGCGAUCGGGAGAAGGGUGCUGGUGACAACUCAGGUCCCUUUGGUCCUGCGAAGCGGAGCACUACGGCGCCGUUCAGCCCAGGUGCUGGUGCAUCGCCUUGGUCUGCAACGCCUGGUGGUGGCUUUGGUGCAUUUGGAAGCUUCGCCAAUCCACAAGCAGAUAAGAAGCCUGGCUACGGUAGCUUGCGCGGCGAGAGUCGCUUCAAAGGUCUAAUGGGCAAACCAAGUGUUGAGGACUUUGGCAACGGCCCGAAGGACAAAGCUUCGACGAAUAACUUGGGCAAGCUUAGCGAGGCAGAGCCCUCAAAAACUGAUGCAUCGUGGAUGGAGGCCCGCACUAACCGACCAAUGAGCAGCGACACAGAUCCUUUCCCCGACCAUGAACACCCAACGGGCAGUGCUGCGCUUCGCGGCGAAGACGUUAGUCCGCCCCGACCUCAAGGCUUCGGUAAUUUCGCAACGCCCCACCGCCCAGACCACCGUGAUGACUCUGGAUUAUCUGCAUUCGGAAUGACUACCGACAACAUGUAUAGCAAGAAUAAUUUCACAGAGCAGUCGCCCCUCCGUGGAGCUGGUAACGAGCCCAUGAGCCCGACGGAUACCAAUCCAUACCAGAGCCCGCAUCACGCACGGGAUCAGCAUGACGACUCGGACGAUUCCGGCGACCAAAACGCCCACUUUCCUGGCAUGAGCAGCUUCCACAUUGACCAGUCGGUCCACUCAAGCAUUCACAAUGCCUUUGGUGGCCUUGGAGGCCUUGGAAAGGCUGUGCCAUUCGAGACUGCAGCAAGCGAUCGUAGUCAAACCUCCAGCGUUGGCCCCAAUCGAGGUUUUCCUACCUUGCCUGGGCUGGGUGGUGGUCUGCCUGGUCUGGGAGGUGCCUCGGCUUGGCCAUCUCACACCUUGGGUACCCCAACCCGCGAACGCGGCGGUCUCGGUGGCUUUGAAAGUGCUUUCGGAAACGUAGGUGAAGCUCAAUCGCCUUCUCUGGCCGGCCUAGGCAACAGCUCGUUGUUUGGUCAUGGCCAUGGUACAGUAGGCCGCUCUAGCAGGCUCGGCUCCUUGUUCCCAGCUUCUAUGCAAGAGCAGAUGCGAUCAAACGACCCAAAUCGAGCCCCUGUUGACGAUGGAUCUUCACACGGUGAUCGUCAGCAUAGCAUGACUGGCACUUUUGGAAGAAACGCCUUUGGCGGCCAAGCGCCUGCUCGUGAUACGGAUAGCCCUUUCCGCGCAAACCGCAAUCUUUUUGACGACUUUUCUAAUGCCCAUCAUGACGAUCAUAACUCAACAGGACAGCCCCAGAACAUUGCUACUACCUCCCUCUCCAUGGCUGCGUUGAACCCGACCAGGACUGCCCAGCCUUCGACCCCAGGCGUUGGAAGCCCAGCUUCCAGCCAGCCUCCAGUUCCUCAACAGCGUAUGAUGGUCAUGCCUGAUAGAAUGAGGUGGAUCUACCGCGACCCAUCGGGCAAUGUUCAAGGCCCAUUCUCUGGUCUGGAGAUGCACGACUGGUACAAGGCUGGAUUCUUCUCUCCCGAGUUGCUAGUCAAGAAGGCCGAGGAGCCCGACUAUGAACCUCUUGCGCAGCUCAUCCGUCGUAUUGGCAACUCGCGUGAGCCUUUCUUGGUCCCUCAAAUUGGCAUUCCCCAUGGUCCCGCUACAUCCCAGCCUGGUAACUCCUGGGCCGGUGCCGGUCCUAGUGCCGCUGCUGCUCCAGGAGCUCAACCUCCAUUUGCAAACAGCUUCCCGAGCUUCGGAACCACCCUUACUGCCGAGCAACAAAAUGCACUUGAGCGUAGAAAGCAAGAAGAGCAGUACCUCAUGGCUCGUCAGAAGGAGCACCUAGCUGCACAGCAACAAGCCCUUGCCCGCCAAGUCCAGAUGGGAGUAAUACCAAACCAGCUCAAUCACCACUCCAGUGCACAUAGUCUGCACAGCCAGCCAAGCUUUGGUAGUAUCACAUCACCUGGCGGAUAUCAGCCAUCGCCCCCGCAGGGAGCCGUACCAGGAGCACCUGUUCCUGGGCUAAUUGAUAGUACCUUCAGAGCUGGUCCAGGUCCAGUACCUGGUCUAGGCCCUAUUGGCCCUGGUAUGGACAUGAUGAACAAUCGCAGAGACCAAGAUGUGCCCGCCAUGAUGGAUCGUCUCAACUUGGGACGGAACAAUCAGCCCCAGUUUGGCUUCGGUGGACAACAGCAGGACCAAGAUGCACAUGCACAAUAUGUGGCUUCAGUGAUCGGCGAUCGGGCUCGCUUGAAGCGCGAACAAGCAGAACAUGAUGCCAUGAUCCGCCAGGGCAGCGCUGAAGACGUACAGGCUGCUCGCAACUUCGCCGAGCGCUUUGCCGAGUUUAAUGAGCUGCGAGUCCAGACAGAUAUGGAACAACCAAAGGCAGUCCCUCCACCAGAGGGUGUCAUUGGAAAGCCUUCAUCUUCGUCGGCUCAGCAAUCACAACAAGCUUCUGAGCCUGCAUCGCCCGUUGGCGCAGAUGGUCAAGAACAACAAUCUGAAAACAAGGAGCAGCCAUCCUCUACUGGACAAGAGCCACUAUCGCUUACUGAACAAGUGCAGAAGGCUGCUUCUGCCAAACAAUCUCCUCAAUCUGCAAGUGCGUGGAACAAGGUUGAGCCCGCAAUUUUCCCAUUCCCGCCGCCACCAUCCCAGUCUCCUCUUCCUGCACCUGCCGCCCAGAGGAAACCAAUUGUUGCCGAAAAUCUCAAUGCCGAAUCUCGCUCGGGUGCGGCAACCCCAGCUGCCGAUACCCCAAGCGUCUCAGUUGCGCCAUGGGCGAAGGAGCCUGUCAACGCAUCCCAUGGUCCUUCUCUGAGGGAGAUCCAAGAGAUGGAAGCAAAGAAGGCGGCAGAGCGAGAGGCUGUCGCAGCUGCAGCUCGUCGCGAAGCAUUCGAGAAAGAACUUCAGGCUCAGAACCAGUCGCCUGCGGUGCAACCCGGUUUACCUUCCAGUUCAACUUGGGCAAGCGGUGCAUCUCCCGUCACACCCAGUGCAAACAAUGCUUCCGUAUGGACCAAGCCUGUGACAAGCAAGGUUGCCGCACAGCCGACUCCAAGUUCCAAGAAGACGCUUCAGCAAAUUCAGAAGGAGGAGGAAGCUCGAAAGCAACGUGCCGCUGCUCAGAGUGUUGCUGCAGCCAAUGUAUUUGGAUCACCAGUCCCACCACCAUCUGCCGGAAAGCGAUAUGCUGAUUUGGCGGGUAAGAGCACCCCUGCGUCGCCUGCAGGACCUGCAGGGCCUCCUGGUAGCAGCCCAUGGACCACGGUUGGCGCAAGUGGAAAGGUCAAGGCACCAGGUGGUACGACAACGCCCGUUCCUGGCGCCGUUCGCUCGGCUAGUUCUACUAUAGUGCCCUCUCUCGCUAAGAAGCCCACAGUCGCUCGCAGUAGUACUGCAGGAGCACCAUCUGGCAAGCCGAAUGCGGAAGAAGAAUUCCGCAAGUGGGCCGUCAAUGAGCUCCGCCAUGAUCUUAACAAGAACAUCAAUGCGGAGGACUUUGUCUCAUCUCUUCUCAGCUUCCCUGCUGACGCCGAACUCAUUACCGAGUCCGUUCAUUCCGCCUCCAGCACGCUCGACUCUCGCCAUUUCGCCGAGGAGUUCCUUCGCCGCCGUAAGCUAGCGGACAAGGGCAUCAUUGAUGAGCGCAACACUUCCUCUCCUGCUGAGAACAAGGCUGCAGGAAGCGGAUGGUCUGAAGUUGCCAAGAAGGGUGGCGCCAACGCAACCCAGCAGCAACCCCUGGACUCGAGCAACUUCAAGGUUGUUGCUCCUAAGAAGAAGACCAAGCGGUAG